AUGAACUCCGAGCGCCGCGACCUGAACGCCGAUCUCACCAAACGCCGUAGACGGAAUGUCGGUCGCAAGCGUCUGCGCAGCAGGGCUCCUAUCGCAGCACGGUUGUCCCUGGACCACCAACUGCGGGGCGGCGUUGGGAUGCUUUCCGAUGACCUGGUGAAGGAUCUCUUCCCUGGAGAUCGAGACGAGAACGAAACCCGCUAUGUCGCCAUCUCGCCAUACUUCCCCGGGCAGCCCUCGGUUGAGGAUCUUGCCUGGACCAUCAUUCCGGUUCGGCCCCAAUCGAAGGAUCGCGCCUACGAGUCCCCGCUUCCGCACUCGACGGUCGUCUUCCCAGAUGCUGCCGACUCCCUGCAACCGUUUGUACAGGCUUUGAGCAGGCUCGACCCGACGCGACACGGCCUCCAAGCCCAGCGGUCGAUCGAGAUCAGGGUGCUGGACGUCGUUCCUCUUCAUCUGGACACGGUUUACGUGACUGUGGAGCGGAACCUGCUCCGGAACCACGAUGAUGUCCAGAACAAAUUCGGCGGUGGGUUUACGAGCAGUCUCCAUGGCCCUAACGGGUUGUGGGCCAAGACCGGCAAGAGCUUGGAGACGAAGAAGUAUUCCAAGAAAGCCGCCGCAGAGGCAGAGGAGCGCCUCAUGGCAGCUGUUCGCGAGGCCCUGGGAACGCAAAAGGUGGUGCAUACCGGCGACGUGCUGCCUCUCCCAUUGCCUCCGCAUCCCAUCACCUACGCUCCCCCGCCUCCUGUGCACAUUUCCUUCUGUGAACCCGUAUCUCAGGGUCUGUUGAUGCCGACGACCAAGAUUGUCCUCAUCCAGGCACGCCCGCACAAUACCCGGAGUCAGCGCAGCCUGAGAUCUGGAUCGGGCUUGCUCAAACAGGUCGCGGAGAACGAGGCUGACGACACGUCCAACGAACAAUUCUAUUCUGCGGCGGAGGAUAAACCUGUGGAGGACAGCACUGAGAUGGAGACCACUUCAGCUGCAGAAGACUCCGAGACGGAAGGAUCUACAGGUAAUACGAGCGACUCUUCGGACGAUUCCUUAGAAGACAUGAUUACCCUUACCGCGCCCGAACUUCCCCAGCACCCGUCCGGUGUCAUGUCGGGCAUGACCGCCGCGACUCCCCGCGCGGCCAGACGCGGUGAUGGUAUCCACACCCCGGGGUCAGUCACGUCUACGUUCACUUCGGCGACCCUGCGUGCCGGUCGAGCUGGUGGAGGGAAGGUUUUCAAGACCGAGGGCCUCCUACGUGCGAUUCCAAAUGACCUUCUGCACCCUAGACCGCGCGAAGACGAUGACCCGGAGUCGUUUGUUUUCGUCGACAUUAGCACCCUGGCGAAGAUUGGUUGCUUUUCGGGAGAUUGGGUUAGAGUUGAGGUGACCGAGGAGCCUCAGACGAACAUCUUCGCUUCGAUCAAGCUAGGAAGCUUCAAUGACCAGGAGCAGGAUUCUGGCGACUGGCGCGCGGUCAAGAUCUAUGGUCUGCCGGGUCUCCCGUCGGCCAAACCUCGUUACUCAAUCAACCAAUCUGGCGAUCGCCGUCCGAGUAUCUCCCAACGCCCUACGCUGCGCCUGACCCCGUCCGUCUUCGUCCCUCCACUGCUUCUGAACAACCUCGACAACCCGAAGUACCUACGGAUAGCUCCAAUGGCCUUUGCUAAUGCUAGCGGUGGCCCCAAAUCCGGUCUCCUGCACCAAAUGAAAGCAAGCUCGGUCCGAAGCCCGCCGAUGGCGAAGGAAGUGACCUUGCUCAAAGUGUCUACCCCCCUUUCCAUGGACCGUACUCUGCAGCCCGCCUUGUUUGCAGGCCUCAAGCAGUACUUUGAGUCCAAAAGGCGUCUUCUCAAGAGUGGAGAUCUCGUGGGAAUCAGCGUUGACGAAGGGCUUGGGAGAGCUGUUUUUGCAGGACCCGCUGCCGCCGAUGGCUCUCAUCAAGAUGAAGAUAUUACUACGCGACUGGGUCGGGUUGGAGAUGCGGAUCAUGCUGGAUCGAGAAAAGUCGGGGUCGCCUGGUUCCGCGUUGGACAAGUUGUCCCCAGUUCGUCGGAUGACCCAGAUGAAACCGCGGAGAACCAGUGGGGUGGUGUAGCUAUCAUUGACUCGGCCACUACGAGAAUGGUACAGGCGGGCAGCGAUGUGAGCAAAGUGCCGGGCGUUCUGAACAACGGAUGGGAAUACUGGUUGGGAGUGAAGACUGUACCCAAGUCUGUGAGCGACUUUCCGAGCUCCCAUGGGUUGAUCACCGAAUCACCCCAGACGUAUAUUUCUUCCCUGCAGGAGCGCAUCCGCGACCUGAUGUCUGUUGCCACUAGCCCCCGUGCUAUCCAGCUCGGUAUGAAGCCUGUUGUCAUCCUUCUCCGGUCGCAACAGAGACAUAUCGGAAAGGCAACGGUGGCUACCCGAGCGUGCGCAGAUAUUGGGCUUCAUACCUUCCCCAUUGAUGCUUAUGAUAUCCUGACGGAAGGUGGAGCGAACGGCGGCGACGUCAAGACCGAGGCAUACCUGAAAGCGAGAGCGGAACGUGCAUUCCACUGUGGAUCGAACUGCACCGCACUUCUCAUCAAACACAUUGAAGUCCUUACUGCUGAUAGAAUUGUCUCCGCGAUGUCGGAGAUUGUGAACGAUGCGCGAGUGGUGAUCGCCACCACGACUGACGUUGAGCAAAUCCCGGAGGGCAUCCGGAGCCUGUUCACCCACGAGUUCGAAAUGACCGCUCCUGAAGAAAAGGAGCGCGAGGGGAUCCUCCGGAACGCUGUAUGUGAGCGAAGCAUCAAGCUUUCGCCGGAUGUCGACCUGGGAACGGUCGCUCUGAAGACAGCUGCCCUGGUGGCCGGCGACCUAGUGGAUGUCGUUGAACGCGCAGCCUCGAUCCGAACCGCUCGUUUGGACAAACUGGCCGAGUCUGCGAGCAAACAGACGUCCGUUGCCCCGGUCAGCGUCAGAGAUAUCAUUGUCUCUGGUGGUGAUGCCGCACGAGGGGUCACCAAGGCCGAUUUCGACACUGCUGUGGAAGCCGCCCGAAAGAAUUUUGCUGAUUCCAUUGGCGCACCCAAGAUUCCCAAUGUCAGCUGGGAUGACGUGGGAGGUCUUACGAACGUUAAGGAUGCCCUCAUCGAGACCAUUCAACUUCCCUUGGAACGACCGGAGCUGUUCGCGAAGGGUAUGAAGAAGCGGAGCGGUAUCCUAUUCUACGGUCCUCCGGGUACGGGUAAAACACUGCUUGCUAAGGCGAUUGCCACGGAAUUCUCCCUGAACUUCUUUUCGGUGAAGGGUCCUGAGCUGCUGAACAUGUACAUUGGUGAGUCUGAAGCCAACGUGCGGCGGGUGUUCCAACGGGCCCGGGAUGCUCGGCCUUGCGUGGUGUUCUUCGAUGAAUUGGACUCGGUCGCCCCGAAGCGAGGCAACCAGGGUGACAGUGGCGGAGUGAUGGAUCGUAUCGUCAGUCAGCUUCUUGCGGAAUUGGACGGCAUGAACGGGGGUGAAGAGAACAGCGGGGGCGUCUUUGUGAUCGGCGCGACGAACCGUCCCGACCUGCUGGAUAACGCCCUGCUUCGGCCAGGACGUUUCGACAAGAUGCUGUAUCUGGGCGUCUCCGACACGCACGAGAAGCAGGCGACGAUUCUGGAGGCGCUUACGAGGAAGUUUACGCUGGAUCCGGCGGUGUCGCUGCGGCGGGUGGCAGACCGACUGCCGCUUACGUAUACGGGUGCUGACCUGUAUGCGCUGUGCUCGGACGCCAUGCUGAAGGCGAUUACGCGCAAGGCCACGGCGGUGGACGAGAAGAUCAAGGCGCUGCCGGGCGAGCCGGUCAGCACGGCCUGGUUCUUUGACCACCUGGCGACGCCGGAAGAUGUUGCGGUGAUGGUGACGGAGGACGACUUUAGCCAGGCCCAGGGGGAGCUGGUGCCGAGUGUCAGUGCGAAGGAAUUGGAGCAUUUUGAGCGGAUCCGGCAGUCGUUUGAGUCGGUUGAUAAGAAAAAGCAGGACGGGGCGAACCCACCGGGAGGCCCACAGACGAUUGGCGACGCGCUGGAGGCGCUUAAUAUCGGGGACGAACUGGAUGGCCCUAUUGAUGGGGGGCCGGUGACGAAUGGGGAUCAUGUUCCCGUGGGGACUGGCAAGGGCAAGGCCAAGCAGGGUGGUCCACCGGUGGCGAAGGGCAAGGGUAAGGGGAAGAGUAAGAUGGUGUCGGUGCCAAACGGAGACUCAGACUCUUCGCUGGACGGGCCUACAUCGGGACCCCGGGAAGAGGGUACCUACGAUGACGUCGGGGAGGACGAGGAGUACAUAGUCCGGACCGACGGGACGCAGUAG